UACUGACCAGUAGGGCUUUACAUUUCAACACAAUUCUCAUGCAUUGAUCAUUUUCUGCGUCUCCACUGCAAAACAUUUCAACGAGGACCCUUUUACAAAAUCUCCAGUAAAUGGACUGACCACGGAUGGGAUUUAUGUCAUGUAGCGAUGCAUUUCCGUGAUAAUUCUAAUAGAGUCCAUGUGGACGCCGUGCUUUAAAAAAUACUACACGCUGUCACUAAUGGACACGGGUGCUCAUCAGUUUGGCAGUUGAGCAGCAGCGACAUCAAUUUCUACAGAACUGGUGUGUGGCGUGUGCUGGGAAGACAUUCAGCACUUUUAAGAAGAGAUAAAUGGUAUCCUUAGCACCGUGUAGAGACAUGGAACCAGAAUCGGGAGAACCAGAGGAGACAACGUUGGAGUCUGAGAUGUUUGUAAAAUCAGAGGAGGUAAAGAGUGAAGAAGCUAUUUUGCAGCCCUGGCAGGUGGUUCAAGAACCAAUCAAGAAGCUGCAGGGAAUGAAUAUCACAGGAAAGGAGGAUGAGGAGACAGCAGUAGAAGACGAAGAGGAUGAAGACGGAACUGAGACGAAAAAUAAAAUGGACAAUAAAUUGGCAGAGGAGAUGAUGUCCACAGAUGCUACUGACUCAAGCAGUGACCCAUCCUAUGAACCCAUCUCUUCAAAUUCUCACACUAGCCCACCUGAGACCAUUGAGGCAGACACAGAGGACAGCAGAAAACUGACAAAGACUCCCAGCUUUGGAAAAACAGUUCGUUUUAUGGAAAUUGAAGCAGUGGAAGAAAGGGAUAGCUCAGGGGAUACACUUUUUCCAGACUUUGAGACAGAAGAAUGGACCACCAGCAGCUUUGAGGAGCUGUUUGUAGCAGAUGACUGGAAGGACAUUACAGAUGACCGUCUGCUAAGGAAGAAGGUGUUACAGGCCAGUCCCAAGAAUGCCCUGAGCCCGGCUUGGGGUCAAGAGGUCACACUGAAAAUGCAGGGUGUGCUGGAGGAUAGGACUGUGGUGGAGAAAGACUGCAAGCUGGUCUUCAUUAUCGGAGAGGGAGAUGUCAACCAGGCCCUGGAAGAGUGUGCCAUUUCGAUGAAGCAAGGGGAGAUCGUUUUACUGCUUGCAGAUUCACAAUACACCUAUGGACACCUGGGAAGGGAUCCUGAUAUACCAGCCUGGGCUCCUCUCCUGUAUCAGCUUCAAAGCUGUGCGACAGAGGAGGAAGAAGAGGAGGUGAACGACUACCGGGUAAAAUGUCUGAAUAACCUGGCAGCAGCACAGCUGAAGCUUGGACAGUUUGACGAGGCGCUGCACACCAGUCAAGAUGUGCUGUUUCUGGAUCCCCAGAAUGUCAAAGCGUUAUUCAGGAAAGGGAAGCUUUUAUCGGACAAGGGUGAGUAUGAGGAGGCCAUGGAGACCCUGAAGAAGGCUUUGAAACUGGAGCCGUCCACUAAGGCUAUUCAUGCUGAACUGUCCAAGUUGGUUAAAAGACAAGCGGGGGAAAACGAGACCCAAAACUGGCAAGCUAAACCAACUCAAAUGUUUGGUGAAAACAUAGCUCCCUUUCUCACACCUCCCCCCAAAAAGAAGCCGUUUGGAAUUUCUUGGAAGUUUCUGCUUGGAGCUCUGGUGGUGGCCUUGGGCAGUUUAGUCACAUCUGUGGUCCUGACCGCACGGAACUAGCUCUGUCGACCUACUUGCAAAUUAACUACAAGUCUCACAAACAAACAUUCCACAGAGCUGCUAAGGGACGGAGGAAAAAUGCACUGAACUGUUUAAAGAGCAGCUGUAUGGGCGGUUCUACCGGUGGCACACCGACUUAUGCAAAACAGAAUGUACGCACAGAAAAAGAAAGGGCAAUGCAAAUGCAUUUCAAAUGUUUGCAAUAAAACACGAGUAUUAAUAUGUUUGGUGUUUAGUUUUGCUUUCUGCUGUAUGACAUGAAUGCGCAGUGAUGGAUUUACUGGAAUUUAGGGUUACAACUCUCAUUUAUUAAAUCAUUAUAGUAUAAACAUUUAGCCAAAUCUUUAUACUAUACCUUUUUGUUAGGAUAGGACAGUAUUUGGCCGAGAUAUAAAUGUUUGAGAAUCUGGAAUCUGAGGGUGCAAAAAAACAAAAAUGAAAGAGAAAAAUCACCUUUAGAGUUGUCAAAUGAAGUU